CAAACCCGCACUUCGUGUCAAUUGGUGUCAAUCCCGCCGCGUCUCGUAAUCAUCCACGUGGAUGAAAAAAGUGGUAACAUGAAUGAUUGAUUCUACAAAAUCAUCAUUACUAGUGUUAAUUAUCACCUGUUGACUCUCACCACCCCCCACCGGCAACCACCUGCACGAAAAUGGCUCCGCCAACAAAGAGCACAAAAGUGGCGACGAGAGGAGCCAAACAAAUUCUCGAGGAGAAUGUUUCCACUUUGAAUUUUUAUAGGAACAUGGUCUUCAUUGCCUGCGGAGUUUAUCUCGUUACUAUGCUUGUAUUUUUCUCGUUCACAACAUUGACAAUAUCAUUAACUGUUCUUACCGCUGUAACGUACGUAGCUAGUUAUCAAUUUAUGGCAUACAUGGCGCGGCCGAAGUUCGGUGAAUCUGGACAAUUACUGGAUUCCGGAGUUGAUCUCAACAUGGAGGGCGGAAUUGCCGAGCACGUUAAGGACCUUAUAAUUCUCACAGCAGGAUGUCAAGUAUUGUCUCUCAUAUCGAAUUAUUUCUGGUGGUUGUGGACAUUGGCACCACUUCGAGGUUUCUACAUGCUGUGGACUAAAAUCCUUGCCCCCUGGUUCUUCUCGUCCCCAGAACCCCAACCCGAAAUGGACGAGAAGAAGCAACGGAAAUUGGAGCGGAAAAUGGCAAGGCGCCAAUAAAAAAUUUCCCGUAAAUUUUUCUUCAAUUUCUCAAUGGAUAAAACAUUCAUAUAAAACAGAAUGACUCAUCUCCACUGACUGUACAGCAAGAUCAUUAAAAAAUUAUUCAUCA